CUGUAAUAAAAGGCGAUGUCAGGCUUUUUCAAUGACAUCACACCCAAGUGCAAGUUUCCAACAUGGCGUCCAGCCGGCUGCCGGAGAGGGAGGUCCAGGAGGAGCCGAGGCGCGCUGCGACCGCAAACCCUGACUUCUGCCUCCACAAAUACUCCCUGCUCAUCAUUAUAGGACGGACCGCUCACCUCAGACAUACGGGACACAUCAGCAGGGAGAUUGAACGAGGUAUUCGGUCAUGGGACGUCGACUUAAACUCCUGUAACCUAAUCCUCUAUCUCCAAGAAUUUCUCUCCCAUCACACGGCAUCUUUCAAGGGUGCAGGGCAGAAGUGUCUGCGCCACAGUACCAGAGUGUUGGACAUUCAGGUGCUGAUCAGUCCAUCUCAGGAACAGGUUCAUUCAGAGAUAUUUGCUUUGCUAUCCAGGGAAUCGGCCCAUAAGCUGUUGAUCUUGGCUGGCCAGAGCGUGGAGGAAAGUGGAGACCUGCUGUUUCACAGAGGACAGUUCUCUCCACACCAGCUGAAACAAAUACUAACAGAGCAGUUCACAGAUCAGGAGAACUUAGCCUCCUCCGAACUCAGUCUGACCCUCAGCUGUCCCAAAAUCGGCCAGUGGAGGAAGACUCUCUUGGGAAACCAGCGUCUGCAGAGUCCUUUCACGCUGCACAUCAAUCCCCCAGAGGUGCUGCCUGCCAUGGAGGCCCUGGGGGAAUUCACCUCCCUCAUCUCUGGUACCCUUUCCCCUCCAUCUCCCUUCGACCUCCUGCCUCCUCCCACCACCGUGGGCUUUCUCAAGCUGUCCCGUCCCUGCUGCUACGUGUUCCCCGCCGGGCGCGGUGACUGUGCCUUUUUUGCCGUUAACGGAUUUACAGUGCUGGUGGACGGCGGCUCCGACUCCCAGGCCUGUUUCUGGAAGCUGGUGCGCCACCUCGACCGAGUUGAUGCAGUUUUGUUGACGCACAUCGGGACAGAGAACCUCCCCGGGGUCAACGUCUUCCUGGAGAGGAAGGUAGCUGAGUUGGAGCUGAGCUCUGAUAGCAAAGAUGACUCGUCUAAGAGGCUCAUCUCCCCAGAGCUUGGAGUUGUGUUCUUUAACGCCCCCAGCAGGUUGCAGGUGGAGGAACAGCCUUGUGGGGACAAUGUACUGAUGAGCACACACCAGGCGGCCCUAACCCUACAGCUGUUAAAUAAGUUAGACAUCAGACCACAGCCAAUGUUUCGACCACAAGGAGUCCCCCUUGAGCCGCUAACCCUGUUCCAGAAGAUGGGAGUGGGACAGUUGGAGUUAUACAUCCUCAACCCCGGCAAAAACAGCCAGGAGUACCAAACAUUCAUGCAAAACUGGCCUGAUGCAUUGCCAUCAGAAUCCAAAUGCCAAACUCUCCCUCUCACCGCCCUGGCCUCAGUGUCUGCCCUGCUAGUGUGGCACCCAGCGUGUCCCCAGGAGAAGGUGGUCAGGGUGCUGUUCCCUGGUGUUACCCCACAAACGAAGCUGCUGCAGGGCCUGGAGAAGCUGAAGGGGCUGGCCUUCCUCCAGAAACCCUCGGUGACCACAGGGGACCUGGAGAGGCUGGGGGAGGACAGAAAGACCAAGAGGACAGAGAGCCAGGACAGUGGCAGGUCACAAGGGAAGGAGUCAACUCCCAAACAUGGAAAAGAUCGGGGAGUUAAAGAAGACGGAAAGGAGGUACUGGUAAGGGAAAAAGGAAAAGUUUUGAAUGGAGUCGCUACAAGAGAUGCUGAUAAAACCAGAAUCAAAGAGACAGGUGUAAAGCAAAAAGGAGCAUCGUCAGAAAAGAAUACCUCAAAGAAGGGAGGAGGAAAGGAUGGGAAAAAGGGGGAAAAGCCUGGAAAUAAAGAGAACAGUGUUAUGAGGAACGAUCAGGGGAAAAAGGAUGUUCUCCUUUCCAAAACAAAGAAUGAAAAUAAAACUAAGCUCAAAAAGGAAGCAAAAAAUGACUCUAAAACAGGGGUGAAGAAAACAAGAAAACCCCUAGGAAAGGAGGCACACAAUGGCAAGAAGGUAAACACUGAACUGUCAACAAAACCCAACACUGGGAGUGUGCUAGAAAUCCCAGAGCCAGAGCAGCAGACUCAAAAACCAGAAAAAGAGACUGAAGAGAACCCCUGUGGCUCCAAAAUGUCCACCCCUGAGGAUAUGACAGACGAUUUUCUCAGGCUCCGGGAGGAAACCGAAAGAGGAGAGGCGCAGGUGGUGAAAACAGCAGAUAAAGGAAAGCAGGAAAGCAGUGAGUCAAGAAAUGAAAAGAGCCAUGGAGGCAUUAGCAAAGAAAAGAGUAAAGAAGGUGAUGAUACACUAGGGGAAGAAGCUGCAGGGAUAAUGGGAGGAAAGAGUGGUGAUAAUGGAGCGCAAAAUAAGGCUUGGACUGGAGAGAAAGCUGAUGUAGACCUGCAGAAAGCGCCUAUAGACAAGCCUGGAAAUGCUUCCAAACCAGCAAAGGUUGUAGGAUUUCCGUCUCCCUUGAACAAUGCGCCAAAGAGCGAGCGCAACGAGCUAGACUUAACCCCAACCGAAUACACUCUCCUGGACGGAGCUUUGAGAAACAGCCCUCCCUCGCGAUCCUCUCCAGAGAACCAGGCCCAUGUCAGCCCCGACGAGCAGACGGUAGAGCCUGCCUCCCCUGAUUCGCGGCCCAACAGUGCAGGCCACACUCCUUACUGUCUGUCCCCGGAUGAUGUGUGGUGCAACAGGGUCACUCUCAGCAGGUUACAAGCCCAGAUGGGUAACUUCGAGUCAGCGGACGUCAACCAGCCAAAUGGAUCAUCCAAGCAAAGUGAGGGGCAGCCCAAAAGCACUACAGAGAGUCACACAAACCCCAGAGAGAGGCAACUAAGUUUCCUUUCUUUGGGUACACUUAAAGAGGGAUCUUCAGACGCCUCUCCUUCUCUCGCUACCACCACCACCACCACUACAACACACUCCAUGCCAGCAGAAGUGAGCUCACCUCAGUCCACAGAAGUAGAUGAAUCACUGUCCAUGUCCUUGGAGCAGGGACCAACCACUGUGAGCCAGAAAGAGGGGGAUGACAGUGUUCAUAACUCCCACUCCAAUGGAGGCCAUUUUGCUGGGAUGUCUUUACCAAUGAAGAAGCCUCCCAGAUCUUUAGGGCAGGGCUCAGAGAUGGGGCGGCCUCCAGCUCCAAACACACUUAAUUUUGAGGCGUCAGCUCACGAUGUGGAUCUGUGUCUGGUUUCCCCCUGCGAGUUCAAGCAUCUCAAACAACCUGACUCCAGCUCAGGUGCGAGUGAGCCCUCUAGAGGAUCCUUCGCUCCACAUCAUCACGGCAACAACAACAACCCCAAGGACACGUCACCCAGCGAGUCAAACGCCCCCGUCUGCACAGAGGACUGCCCGUCCACCACAGCAGAUGGAGGACUGGACUCAGAUGAGGAUGAGUCGUGCAGUGAGCCGUCUAACUCUCCCCAUGAUCUCCGCUCUAGUCAGGCUCUGCCCCCGGACCCUCUCCCAGCCCCUUUCAGGGACAGCCCGCCCCUGCCCCCACAUCCUGACGCGUCCAUGCCCGUUCCUCAGUCGGACUCUGACGCUCGCGGGAAAAAAGCAAAAGCCAAUGGCAUGCGAGGGAAAAAAACACCAGCAGUUACAGAGGGCUCCCAAAGAUCAGGCUCAGGGAAAAGCAGGACAGGGAGCCAAAGUGGAGUCGCAAAGGGGAAUGUCUCUUCUACUCAUACGCCUUCCUCCAGCGCCCGCUCAGCACCAGCAAAAUCCUCACCAAAUCCAGGCUCUAAGUCUACCUCUGUUGGUGAAGUCAGUGUGUACGUGGACCUGGCCUAUAUUCCCUCUGGAGCCUCCUCUCCAACAGUCAGUGUGGACUUCUUCAGAUGCGUUCGCUCCUCCUGUUACAUCAUCAGCGGCGACAGUCCAGAGAAAGAAGAGCUAAUGAGGCAUACACUGGACGCACUACUGGAUGCCAAGUUAUCCUGGCCUGACACUAUGCAGGUGACAGUGAUCCCUACCUUUGAGUCAGUGCCGAUGCAGGAGUGGUACCAGCAGACCCUGGACAGACAGAAGGAGCUGGGUAUCACGGUGCUCGGAUCCAACAGCACUGUCGCCAUGCAGGACGAGACCUUUCCGGCCUGCAAAAUAGAGUUUUGAGGCGGACUUGAGGAUGCAGCGAUGGAAAAUGGAGGACCCAUGACCCUGUGCGAAACAGGAGAGGAGCUCACACUGGCUGUCAGAGAAGCAUACGGCUGCAAACAUGUGGAUCCACUUUUUUUUUGUAGGUUAGUCAAUAGCGUUAGCAUACAUGGGGUUAAAGGCACUAUGUGUAUGCUUGUUUUCUUAAUGCAUUCAGCUCUGAAGUGUGCAGUAGUGUGUGCUAAGACUAAGGGCCAAUUUUUCUGCUUUUAUUGCAACAUUUAGGCUACCAGUUGGCGUAACUACUCCAGCUACUCCCAAAUGGCAAGAGUGUGCAAAUUUGAAAUGAUGUCUUACAUUGUAGCUUUAAUUAAAAUCGCAUUCACAGUGAGUGGUCAGGUGUGUGUUGUAAGCACUGUACGCAGACAUGAGGUGAGCUGUGCUGUGUGUUAUACCUGCUUUUUAGUAUUGAGCCACUGUGGCUUCACUGUUGACCUUGAGAUCUCUGCCGAGCAAAUGGAGCAGAUGCGAUGUAUCUGACGUUGAGUGAUAAUCUGAGAUUAUUAAAUCUCAGUGUGCAAAAACAAAUCUGUCAACGGGGAUUACCAGAUUAAAUGUAAUAGCAUUACAGCAAUCUCAUUAAGGAUGGUCAUUGUAAUCCAUUACAAGUGCUUAAAAUCAUGCUAAUGAGGAAUCAGAUAGCAACUGCUUUUGUAGUAAUAGAUGUUCACUUGUUAUCUUACUAAAAACAAUAUUGAAAGUGAUGACAUAUUUUGAUUGUAUGAUAUGAUGGAUAUGAACGUACAGUUUAUUGUAGACAAAUAUUUUGCACAGCAUAAAAUCAUAGUCUAGUCACAGUGAGUGUAAUAACAGCGUUCCACAUUAGGGCUGGGCGAUAUGAAGAAAAUCAGAUAUCACGAUAUUCUUGACCAAAUACAUCGAUAUCAAUAUUGCGACGAUAAUGUUGGGUUGACAAUUGGUGCUUUCACAAAAUAGUUUUCAAGAUGAGAUUUUAGAUAAAUAAUCAUCAAUAAUGUGUUAAACAGUUUCAAGUGAAAUUAUAGAGAAAAAAUAAAUCACAAUGAGAAAAUUGAGUAUGUGCUUGUUGUUAUCAAUUUAGACAAGGUAAUUGUAUAUCACGAUAUCUCAAUAUAUGAUUUCAUCACAAUAUGAUUCCAUUGAAAGAUGAUAAAUGAUCAUAUUGAAUUACUGCCCAGCCCUAUUCCACAUUGUAAUUUGUACAUACGAAUAAUUUUAAGUUUUAUUUAUAUUUGGAACAAAGUAAUCCUAAAUGUCAUCGGAAAUCACACUCCUGAAUUGCUGUAAUAAAACUCACUACAUUACACAAUAACACUUUUUUUAUGUUUCCAUAAUUUCUUAAUUUGCUAUACUACCCAUUUUACUGCUACAUUUUCCAAUAAUAAAAAAAACAAUGAUCUGGUUUGAAUAGAGCAAUUUCCUUAAAGGAAAUUCUUUAGGAAAUAUAUUACUGCUUACAACUAACUAUCUCAACUCCAUCUUCCCUGUAAUGAGCAACAAAUUACACAUCUUUUUCUGAGACUUUGCAGGAAAUUAUAGGAUGUUACAGAUCUGUAAAAUUAAGCACACACAUGUAAUGUAAUGGGUUACAUUGUAAUCUCUCCAAAUCUGUCUGUCCACUCUUUUUAUUUCCCUUUGUCCCAGUCUGCAUGUCCAAGAACAGAUGUCAUAUUCUGGUUAGUCUCGCUUUGCCAGGAAUCACGACUUUCUCAGUUUACAUAAAUGUGACAAAAUACCAAAGCAUGAGAUCACAAAGACACCACCAACCAUUUCCUGUUCUGUCUGAAUGUUGCCUCCAAAUACAGAAAAAAAAAAAUGUGAUUCAGUAUCUCUGAAUUAUCUGGUAUACAGUUUGUAAUUAUACAAAUGCAUGGUUUAACUUUUAUCAUGGGCUUGUACUGUCCUUGAAAUUUGUUUUGAUUUUGUGCAAUCAUAUUUCUUUUUAUCACACUUUUCUGCAAAAGGCUGCCAGAUGAAAUUAUGUAUUGGCAUUGGAGGGUUGAACUAAAUCUGUAAUCAUGGGCGACAAUUACUUGAACCCCACAGUAGCAAAAUUAAUAGUAACUAUGUGUAUGUGUCCCGCAUGUAUAAAAUACGUUGUUUCAUUCAUGAUAUUCAUGAGGACAGAGAGCACUAUGGAAGAGUGGCAUGGUGGGAUGAACAUUGAGAACCUUUUGCUUUGUAAUUGUCUAUAAGUACAUACAGUAACAAUGUCAAAAUGUGUGUGUUGUUGGGCCAGGACUAAUGUAUGAAUAAAGAAUGUGCAUCACCACUCAAAA